ACAACAAAUUAUAGCCCAAUUAAAGAGAUCUUCAGGCAACAAAAAAAUUUAGUCAUCUCAUCCAUCCCGCAUAGAAGCCCUAUUUCUUCCGCCGAUCGCAGUUCCUUUUCUUUCUUGGCAUCUUCUCUUCUAAUUUCUACACUCGUUCCGGUGAGCCGUCAAUCAUCAUGCUCAUCUCAUCUACUCUUUGAACUGUUUAAGUUUUCUGUAAUUGUGUUUAGCCUUUAAUGUUUUGUACUCUCUUAUGUGUAUGUUUCGAAUUUACUAAGUGUGUGUGAUAGUGUGAUACUCUGUACUCCCUCCGGCCGUAUCAAUUUACUUUACACACUUUCCCUUUUGGGACGUAUCAAAAUAUAUGUUUCAUUCCCUUUUUGGAAAUAAACCCACCCAAAAAGUAACUACAGUACCGCUACAAUACUCAAAACCUUCUGCUUUAUAUAUAUUUGCUUUGGAGUCUGAAUUAUUUUCUUGAUUAAUUCAAGAGAACAGGGGAUAGAUAUGCCCAAAAAAGCAAACAGGGGAUAGAUGAUGAGGGGCUUCUAUAAUGCGUACAGCCUGACAAGAGUGGAUGGCAUAAUUGUCCUGAACAACCGAUUUAUCGAUUUGUUACCGAUCUAGCCAGCAGUUUCGAUCUGUUGCUUCAAACUAAUCGAAAGCUGCGCAAAACUGCUCACCGUCUUAUCCUUUGGCAUGGAAAGAAGAGAGUUUGAGGUAAGGCUAUGGCAGGGUUUACUUCUCGUCAUCUGUGUCCUCGAAUUCAUGAUGAUCAUGGAUAUAUUUGGAUGGACAUUGGACGUGCUAUUAUUCUUUGGAGCCAAUAUAGAAAUCUGGAAGUGUACACUGACCCUCGGAUUUUUCGUUCGUGAUCCCGUGGAGGAAAAAUAUAGAUUGAUGGGAAGGGAUUUUAAGUGCACAUUGGAGCUUUUCUUUGUGGGCUUAGCUAUGGCAGUAAGCUAUAUAUUACCAUAUAACAUCGAACACGCUGCUGUAUUGGCUUGUUGGAGCUUGCAACUCUAUGGAUGGAGCAGGCUAUCAGGUUAUUAUGACUUGGGUGCUUGGGAAGUGUUUGUUACAGUACCAGUGCAGGCCUUUCUAUAUUGCUUUUUUGCGGGAAUGAUGAGCAAGGAGAUGAGCAACAAUAAUCGUCUUUUGCUCUCUGCUUUGGCACUUGGCUUCUCAGUCAGUCUUUCUAUUUACCGUUUCCGCACCUAUACCCCUCCUCCUCCUCAAGUCCCAGAAGAAUAUGAUGUGCUACCUGAUUGUUAACUUCUCCACCCUAUUCAUGUAGUCACUGCCGGUCUUCACGACUCUUUAAUGGAAUACUAUCCUCCACUUACCUUUUUAAAUGCAACAUUUUGAAUUUUACACUAUUCACAUAUUCUACAUUUAGAGAUAAAUUCAAUGUGAAACAGUAAUAAAUGUAUAGAACAGUAGAAAUAUGUGUCAAACACUCCUAUGUUAUAG